AUGGGAACAAAAGAACGCGAAUCCACUGGGAUUGACUCCGACAGCAGUGAAGUUGAAAUAAAAGCGACCGAAAAGAAGCGUAAGCAUGACUUGACGCCUGUUGACAUUCAAAGGCAGCAAGUGGAGCGUUUAUUGCAAAGAGCCGAUAAGCCAGUAAAUAUACCAGAGAUAUUGGACAAGCCGAAGCUAAAGGCUCCAAAGGAUAUUGUUAGAAAUGUUCAAGUGCGGGCGCCGGUAGCGGCGAAUUCCAUGUGUAUAGAGCACAUCGUCGAAGGGAAUAUACACGAUUGA